AAGGAAGUUCAUAGAAACGUUUAAUCCUUACAGCUAUUGAGAAAAAAUUUCACCUUAAAGUAUGCUUUUCAUCGGGAAAUUUAUAGUGUGAAUUUAAAAGAUGAAAAGUUUGGUGUGACCUAGAUUUGUGGCAGACGAGCUCAAACUUGGCUACUGUGAUUCGGUUGCGAAGACGGGAAAAAUGGGAGGAAUGUUCACCGCAGGAAAACAAGAAAGACAAUUUUACUAGUGUUUUGACCGUGAAUACCAUGACUGAAGGUAAGGUUUCUUCUUCAGAUGCUUUUUCUCCGCGAUCAAAGAAGGCUUCCGCGGCCGAAGAUACGCUUCAAAACGGAGACAUGGAUGGAGCAGGCGACAUUAGAACGUUCGAAUUUGAUGAGUGCUCGGGAGAUUUUGGAGUCGUCCUUGAAAAUAAAGAUCCUUGCAGCCCAAGCCGUGCAAGAACUGCUUUGGGAAAUAUACGAAUCGCUGAUUUAUUGCCGGAUAGUAGAGCAAAACGGGAUGGAAUGUUGGAAGUUGGAGAUAGAGUAAUGGAAAUAAAUGGACGCGAUCUAUCUAAAGCAAGCCUGGAGCGAGCAAGGUGGUACUUAGGAAGUGCAUUGAGGAGUGGAAAAUUAAAAAUGAAAGUUCUCCGUGGUCCUGCUGGGAGAAACAUUACACCUGUAAAGAAUGGUGUUGUUCCAAGACUUGAAAACAUUUCUGAGAGUUCUGGAUCUAAAAAUAGAGUAAAGAAGAUACAUAUUUUAAAGGAUAGCCGCGGACUUGGAGUACAAAUAUUGAUGAAACUCAACCAUGAAACAAGAGAGAAGGGUGUCUUUGUGUCUGAUGUGAGCCCUGGUGGAGCUGCAGCAAGGGAUGGUCGCCUUAAAGAGGGUGAUGAGCUGUUAUGGAUCAAUGGCCACAGCUUAAUAGGAGUAACACAACAGGAGGCUGUUGACUUACUAAGAGCAUCACCAAAGCUGAUUCAACUAGUCAUUUCAACUCAGGUAAGGGGGUCUACUUUGGAGAAGAAGGCAAUGGCGUCAAGAUUGAAAAAAAGUUCUUUGGAUAAUGUAACAGAUAGAGCUGGAAUGCAGGGUUCAAAAAGCCUUCCUCAAGCAAAAUCUGCAGAAAGUUUAGUGCAGAAAGGAAGAAAAAUGUCCUCUGAUCACAUGGGAAAGAAAUUCAAGGAAGCAGAUAAAAAGUUUGAAAAAGGGACCACAAAGUCACAAGAUAAAGUUUUGCAACAAUCAAUGGAAAGUAGUCCUUCAAAAAUAGUAGAAAAUUUAAAUCCACAGAAAGAUAAUCAAAUUGGAGAAACUGACUUGCAGGAUAAGUCACAUAAUGAAGGAAAUCAUGCUCUGUUAAAUGGAAAUGAACAAGAGCUGAUUAAUGGCAGACACUGGUCUUCCUCAUCUGAUGGUUCUAAUGGACAAGGAAAGUCAGACACAAAGGAUGUCUUACUUUCAAAAGGAGAAGAAAGCUUAGAAAGUGAGCCAGUUACUUUAGAGGAUAAACCACUCUCCAAGGGGUCUUCAACAAAAUCUUUAUUAGGAAAGCUACCAUCUCUAUCCCCUCCAAUUAUAGAUGCCUCAAAAAAGAGAAAUUCACAAAACCUUUUCUUGAAUAAUUCACCUUCUAAAGAAAAACCAACAAAAAGCGGAAUGCGCCUAGAACCUGGUCAAAUUUCACCUUCCCUGCCAAGACCUCAGUCUCCAGGAGGUAUGGGAAUUGCUUUCUCUGCACGAUAUCUGGGGGAUCCCCCUGCUAAUGUAAUGACUAAAGCUAUGCCCACACCCCGAAAUUUUGUGGGUAGUAAUGAUCGGGACUCGCCCCAAGCAAAGAAAAAGGGGAGUAAUGAGAUCUCACCAAGAAGAACCAGUAAAACCAUGAAAGAGGAAGUUGUUACCAUUGUUCUGGUAAAGGGAAUGAAUGGAAAAGGUCUUGGGUUCACUAUUGUUGGAGGAAAAGGCUCACCUCAUGGUGAUAUGGCUGUGCAUGUACGGAAUAUUCUCCCUGGUGGAGCAGCAGAAGCUGAUGGAAGGAUGAGAAAAGGUGAUGAGGUGUUAUCAGUCAAUGAAACAUCUUUUGAAGGGUUCACUCAUCAACAAGCCCUGGACACCUUUAAGAAUCUUCGCCGAGGAAUUGUAACUUUGAAAGUGCGGAGAAACAGUCCUGGAGCUCCAAGUGUAUCAACAUUUACAACACCCAGAAAUUCGCCAGGAAGAUCUCGUCGAAACAGCAGAGAUGUGACAGCAGAGUCAACCAGCUCCAGCAAUUCAUCAUCUCCAACAAUGUUUCGAAAGCUGCGUCAAAAACGAAGCCAGAAAGACAAGAUCAAUGAAAUUGUUCUUUAUAAAGAACCUGGAAGCAGCUUGGGAAUUGGUCUGGGAGAACAACAUCCAUCGACUCAGAUACCUGGAAUCUUUGUUCAAUGCAUUAUUCAAGGAACACCGGCAGAUAAUGAUGGGAGAUUGAGAAAAGGUGAUCAACUCCUUGAAGUUAAUGACAAGAAACUAGAAGGACUGUCAGUUGAAAAUAUAUACAACAUUCUGGAUAAAACUCCUCCAGGAAAAGUAUAUUUUAAAGUUGUGCAGAACAAUGCAUCUGACAAGUUACCUCUACAACUUAACGAUGAACUCACAAAGCUUCAAAGUGAGCGUCAGUUCCUGGAUAAAAAGAUGUCAGGGAAAUCAAAGAGUUCAGGAACUGCGUCAACACUCUCUGGUGCAUCCGAAAGCUCUGAGUCUUGUGGCAAUUUGGCAAGUCUUUCCUCAUCUUGUGAUCUCCUCAUUCCACACUCUGUCGAACAAAACAAGAAAAAGAAGUCUCAAACAGUUCAAGAGUCAGACGACGAUGUUUUCACUCAUGAACCUGAUUCUGCCGAAUUUCUGGAAGACAUUUACACAAUUAUAAAGCAACCUACUGGUGGACUGGGCAUGGGUGUCACAGUCGACAAGUCUCGUGGGAACACCAUAGCUGAGGGCGUGUCAAUUAAAAGUGUAACUGAAGGAGGAUCUGCUGCUUUGGCAAGAGGCUCUAGGGGAGUGGGGCUAAAACUCGGAGAUCAAAUUAUCGCAGUCAAUGGCACCCACCUCAGAGGAAUGGACCAAGAAGAUGUGAUCAAGAUCUUCAGAGAUCUACCAAGUUCAACACAAAUGAAAAUUAGAAGGUCCAAGAUGAGUCCCCAGGGAAUGGACUCUAAUCAAAGAGCAAACAAGAGUAAUGAGCCAUCAGACAAAACUGUCCCACAAGACCUUACGCCUCUUCCCAAACCUCCGGAUAGUAAGCGAAGGUCGAGUCGUAGGGGUAAAGUUAAACCUGGGACACAGGAAGAAAGGUCACCUUCAUCUGACAAAACUGAUGAAGUACCAUCCUCCGGGCGUGUAAAGGCGAAAAAUGAAAGCGAUACUCCACGUAAAGAAUAUAUUGCAGAGAAAAAAGACCAUAAUGGAAUUAAAGAUGUAAGAAGCUCUGACAAACAGGAGAGAAGUAAGAAGAACGAAGAAGAAGAAGCACGAAGUACUAAAAAAUCACCGUUUAAAGAACAGAUUAAACCAGUCGCAGAUGUCAUCAGCACAAGCAAAUACUUAACAAAUAAGAAUUCAGAGAAAGUUAAGGACCAAUUGGGGGACAAUCUGAUAAUUCCGUCUGGCUACAGGAAAGUGGAAAUAAACAUAAAGAAGGAAGUUAACUCCACGCUUGGUCUUUCUUUGGUCCCAAGCUAUGGGAACCUUAAGGGAUAUUUCCAGAUUCGUAGACUACAAUCUGGUAUGGUGUGUGCUUCAGAUGGACAGCUACAAACUGGCGAUAAACUUGUUUCAGUAAAUGGCGUGUCCUUGAAGGGUGUCACUCACUCGAUGGCAUUGCAGUUGCUCAAGAAGCCAACCGAACUUGUCACGUUUGUGAUAUUACGGGAAGGAGAAGAUCCUCAGGAGAGAGUUUCAAGUCCUGUUAGUGAAUGGAAGUCCGAUUUAUCAUCUGGUCAAAAUUAUACUUUGGCUCAAGACAGCGGAAUACACGGUGAGCUAUCAUCGUCGUCGAGGAGAGAAGAGGCCAAAACGUUGCCCUGCGCGGAAAAAGCUGUAUCUCCUAGCAAGUCUCAGUGGAGCAGGGAACUGAAAAAAUUAGAAAGUCAAGAUGAACCUCAUUCAAGAAGUAAUGAAGAUAGAAAUAUUGAAGAGGAUAUACCAGAACUGCCUUCUUCACCGCCACCCCCGCCAUUACUGGAUGCAGACGAUCUUUUAGAGAACGAUCUGUCUAUUGCUCUUCCAUCGUUUUCUCCCCCUCCUCCACCAGUUCCACCACCAGUUGACGAUGUCUUGCCUUUAUCACCCAUUCCCGUUGUUUCUCCACCGCCUAUUCUUAGUCCAAGAAUGAAGGAAUUCCUGGAGCAAGACCCCUUCAGGGCUGAUCGCCAUGAAAGCAACAACAUACAAGACGACGAGAUCUCACCAGAAUCCAGUAUUAACCAAGCUUGUUUCCGUGGUAAUAAAACGGGUACGGGUUGGGAUUUUCAGUCUUUGCUUGAUGCUUGCAACGAUUUGAAUACAAACGAAAACGAUGAUGAGUUUAUAUCUGGACAAACUACCAGCACAGAAGCUACGUCGUUGUCAGGAAAUUGCAAACCUAGUUUACCAUCAGAGACUAUGAAAACAAAGGACACUUUUUCAGAGAAAUUGUUGGAGACGAGUACAGGAUCUCCUGCAGAGGAAAGUGGCCACGAACAACAAAACCUGGAUUUGGAAAAACUUUCAGCUAAACCUAAAUUUGGAGUCGAUAAAGGUCUUCUUUCCCCGGUUAAAGGCCCCAAUACGAAGAAAAUGACAACACCAUCUAUCAUUAAACACAAAAUAGACGUUGAUGUGAAACCAGUUGCUGGUAGAAGAGAUGAGAAUGUUCCAUUUGCUAUUAUCUAUCAGAAGAAGUUUAGAAACCUUGGCUUUAAAGUGGACCUAACAGAGGAGGGGAAAGUCAUUGUGUCAGAUGUUUCAUCAUUUGGCCUAGUAGGAAAAGAUGGGAAUAUCAGGGUUGGAGAUUUUCUUUUGUCCAUUAACGAGACCCCCCUAGAAGGAAUGGCCUUUGAAGAUGUCCAAAAUAUGAUCAAGAACUGCCCAAGGGGAGAUGUGAGAAUUGUGGCCCAAGCCGGACCUAAACCACCGAAGCCGACAGAAUUACUUGAGGAGACAGUCUCAUCUCAGAAGGAAAAGGGUGAACUUGACGAGAUACCUGACAAAAUGAGCUCAGCAGACCAGGAAUCUGUACCAGAUGUUUUGUCAAGUGUGGCAGCCUACACACCUUGGGUGGACAUCUCUAGUGAGCUUAUCUCCCUGAAAACAUCAAAAACUUUUAGUGGACCAGUUUCAAACUUACCUACAACAAAUCAUAUACCAGAUACUGAAGAAAGUGUUACUUCUAUAACUCUGUCCCAAGAGCUUACUGAUGAGUUAAUUGCAGCAGAAGGUUGCGAAGGCAGUGAACUGGAAGGAACUGAAUUUGAUGAUCUUCCUCCAUCUAGUCCUCCUCCACCAUUACCGACAGAUGACGCAGAAGAAGAAGAAGAUUAUUCAGGUGAAGUACCUGAACUGUUAACGGAAGACAUUGUAGAAAACUUAUCUUUGAACCCACCAGCCAAUUUUGAAGACUUUGUUGACGAAAAUCUUGAAUCUGCGUUAUCUUUCGAUUCUGAAGUGGAGGAAGCAAACACAGUAGCACCACAGCCUCCGCAGCUAUUCAGUCAAGAUGCACAAUCACCCCCCUCAUAUCCUGUUCAGAAGAAGGAGUAUUUUAAUGGCAAUUCUGAUAUACCAUCCGGUUCACAAGAAAAGCAGAAACAGCUUACUGAGAACUUAAAACAACAGGCACCCAUGAAACCUCCUAGAUUGUUUGGAGAUAAUAUAGGAAACGAAAGCAUUCAUAAAGAAGAACCCUUGGAGCUCAUGAACAAUUCUUUUGUGCAAGAUGCAGCUGCUUUGGAGUCCCUGUCGUGGAAUGGACAGGAUAAAAGUCCAAUCAAGCCACCAAGUUUGUUUGAUGACGAGCUUGAAAGUCUCCCAAGCUUACCUAGUGGUCCGCCACCUCCUAAACCAAGAAGACAAGUUAUUAGUCAGGACACAGUUUCCUCGACUUCUUCGUCGCCACUUCUUUCUUGUUGGUUUGAUCGGGAAUCAUCAAGUCAUUUACCAAAUCUUGAAAGCACGAAUCUUAUGGCAGAAUCUGGAUUAUCUUCCCCCUCUCAUGAACAUACUUCCAUAUUUGGUAUACCAGAUGCUUUUAGUGACGCGCCUAUUCAGCUACUGGAUGAUUUAGAUGAUGACAUGUCGAGUCUUCCUCCUGCACCUCCACCACCUCGCUCUCAAGUCAACAUGUCAUCUAGCUGGUCUGUUGAAUCUGAUAAAUCGAUCCCAUCGUCAGGUGGAGAGACACAACUUACACACAUCACCAGUCCUCUACCACACCCUGUCAAACCAGAACGAAAGAAUUCCAAGAAAAGGACAUUAUCCUUGCCAAUCAGAUCAAAAAGAGGAAGCAAAACAUCGGAGCAAUCUGGUUCCUCUGGUAAAGGCGAUGAACUCCACGAAUCGCCAGCUUACCCAAGUCAGGUGGAUUUUGUUGCUCCUAUAACUUCAAGCGAUGAUAAUCAAGCCCAUUCAUUGACGCAUGAUGAGCCACCCGAAGAUGACAUGGAAAGCUUACCCCCAGCCCCCCCUCCACCGAGGAUUUCACCUCUCACAAUGGAAAGUUUGGAAAGUUUUGGAGAUGGUUUACAAGCUGUGAAAGUUAAAACCAGUCCAGGGCAUUCAGCCUCUGAAGGAGAUAAAGCCAAAUCAACAUCUGUGCAUGCAUCUCAAUCCUCUCCAAAGAAAAAGAAGAAGUCUUUUCGAAGAAAUGUGAUAGAGAUGGAGGCUGAAGGAUCCAUACCUGAAUUUAGAGUCGUGUCCGUUAAAUUCCCUGUUGUACACGAGACAGACCACGCAGCAGACGGUUCUUUGAAGCAAGAUGUUACUCCUCGUGAAGAUGAAGUUGCGGUCACAGAUUCGUCAGAUGCAAUGUCCCCACCCCCUUUGCCUCCAGAAAUGGAGCUUUGGUCAGAGGCGGGAGCAGCAGAAGCAGAGCUUGCUUUCUUGGAUCAGAUAUUGACUCUAGAAGAUUUGUCACACUCUGGCAGUGAGCAGGACAGUGAAGGAGGAAGCUCACCAUCCUCCAAGCCACCAUCAUUGUCCACGGAAAUGUCAAAUCUGGACACAAAAUCCUCACAAAGUAAGGAAGGAUCAACAGUUAAUACGUCACAAGAGACACAUGGCCACACCUAUUCUAUGAUGUCAACAGAAGGCCUAGGCCAGACCAACAUCGCCUUUUCAUCACUAGAGGAAUCUUCAGACACGGGCUCUGGUGGAAUACCUGAUUUGGAACCCAUGAACUUAAGUUCGUCGAUCAAUUCGACAGAAGCAAAUCCAGAGUCAGAACUUCAUUAUCCUCCACUUGAUUUGAAAGGGCGAACAGAAAGCAACGCAACACAUUUCAAACCAAAAGAUAGGCUACUCAAGCAACCAACUAAAGGUGAAGAUUCGGCAGCGAAUUUCACUAAGCAAAGGAGGCCAGCUCCUCCUAUCCCUUCAAGACCUCCUGGUAAGACGAGUGGCGCCCCUCGAAAAUCACUUCCAGGGGGUAUACCUGUGCUUCCCUCUAAGCCUGAUGUUAAACUUAGAGCAACUUCUCCGCCACAAGAAUCAACGCAGAAACUCAAGAAAGAACAAGAAAGACUAUCGUCUCCAGUGAAGGAGAAGACAUCGAAGAAACUGUUCUCAAGAGGUCAUAAAGGUAAGGACAAAAAAGCUGAUCCCGACCAUCUGCAAUCACCGGACACCUCAUUUGACGCCAAUCAUGUCGGACGUGAAAGAUCGCGAUCCUGGACCAAGAAGCUGUUUGGCUUUCGCAGUAGAAGUAGAAGCAAGAACCGAGAUAAGCCAAAGGAUAGAGAGAACAGGAGUCGAUCUGUGUCACCUCCAAGAGGAUUAUUUUCCAGAUCAAGGAGGUCCAGUCCACCUCUCCCUCCACCGACGACAAAAAAGGAUCCUUUGGGUAAACAAAAGAAAGAUGCUGGGGAAAAAGACCCGGUUCAUGAAGACGUUGAAAAACCAAUAUUCAAUGAAACUAAAUUUCUCUCACAAACAUUGCCAUCUACUUUUAAAUCAAGUGAUCUAUCCACACAGAUGAAAAACUAUGUAGAAAGGAACAACAACAACAAAUUUGGUGUGUUGACAACAAAAGACGAAGACAUGAGGCCUGAAGUGGCGACAAAUGAAAUAAAUUUUCAACAAGCUGAAGAUGGCAGUUCAAUAGAACAAGAUGAAUCUUGCAGUGAGAAUGCUGAUUUGGAUCAUGAAGAGAAGGAAUAUGAAAUUGAUAUUGAAGGUGUAAGUUUGUUCACUGACGAUGAUGAUGUGACGGAAUCUCAUGUUUAUGCGGGUGUGGAUACAUCCCUUGCAAACAGGCCACCUUCCCCGAAACGUGAAAAACAACCGAACACUAGCGCCGUGAUAACAGCUGAAUAUGAGGAGCGUAAAGCCGUCAAAGAUAACUUGCCAACGAAAUCUCCUUAUAAACCUCCUGUUCCAAAAAAGCCCACUUUCCUGAAGUCUGUCGGUACCCACAGUAGACAACAACAAGAAACUAUGGACGAACUUAAACAGAAAAUUAGCAAAGAAAGAAUGAAAACGUCACCAUUAAUAACUGAGGAUCUUGACUCUGACACUGAAGUUAAAGCCAUUGAGGACAGUAAUGUUUUGCCAUCGCCUGGUCCACCAAAUUUUAAGGCUGUACCACCUCCGCUGGCAGUACAAGCCAGUUCAAGCCUUGCUGAGAAGGACGACUUUAGUACAGCACCACAUUGUCCCAAUUCACCGGGUCCUCCUAGAUUCAAACCUCCCCCACCGCCUUUAUCUUUGAAGCCAGCCACUGUACAGAAUGAUACCACAGGAGAUUCUCCCGUAUCCCCGGGUCCUCCUAAUUUUAAGCCAGCACCUCCGCCCAUAGAUUUGCUCGUUCAAAACAAGAGCAUUGAUUGUGGAAACGAAGACCUGCCAAGAACAACUGGUGCACCUACUGCCAAACCUUUACCUCCAAUUCCUGUUCUCGGUAAAAGUAAAAAACGAGAGGACGUAUUUCCAGCGGAACAGGGUGCUGCAGAGGACACUUAUGAUGUAGUUGCGCCAGCACUGCACAAUGAAGAGCCUCGAAAAACCAAACCGUUACCUCCAGUCCCUACUGACCUGAACCUGAACACUACUGGUAACGCCUACAAGCUUACACUGUCAAGACAGAACGCUCAGGAAGUUGACAAAAAUGAAGAUUUGAAUAACCCUGAGAUAUGGGAACAAAACACUGAUCCAUCACCUUCACAAAUUCUCCUGAAUGAAUACAAUGAUUAUCCACAAUUGUCACAAGGAGCAGAACCAGUUGUUACACAGAAUGUCAGUCAUGAGGUGAAUGCACAUAGUACCGACGACUUCGAUAGUUCAGACGUUUCCUCUGAAUGGGAAGAUACUUGCAGUUCGACUCAAGAAUAUUCGGGCCAACCUUUGCCUGGUAAUAAAGUGGCUAGAAGUGCUAGUUUCUCUGCUGGAGACGUUCCUAUGCAGCGUCCCUCUAUUAUUGAUGUGGAGACGAAGCGAUCAACUCCUGUUACCAAGCGUCCCCCUCCUUUUUUCCGUAGAAGGUCGUCCUCUUUACCUCAGCUUCUUGCCGACUCACUCACAAGUGAAGCGUCUGGAGGAAAAGUUGGGCAGCCGGAUUACUGGCACACCGGAAACCUUCAGCAGCUUAUCGACAGCAGGAACCAGGAGGAGGAUGUUGAGGAAGGAAUACUAGAGGUGCAGCUUCUUAAAGAACAGAAAUCUAUUGGCUUAAUGGUCGUGGGAGGUCUGGACACCCAUCUAGGCAUGCUGUAUAUAAAAAAUAUUCAGCCCAACUCUCCAGCCGCCAACUGCAACCGACUCAGAGUUGGAGACCAACUGUUACAGGUCAACGAUAAUUGUCUUGUGGGAGUAACUCAUAGUGAGGCUUUGAACAUUCUUAAGAACACACCACCCCUGGUGAAACUCACUGUGGCAAGAAAGAAGGAUAAUGGAAGUGAUAAUAUUGAACUAGUGGCAGAGGGAAGGCGUGUACCAGAUGCUGAAGAACCUAUCGUCUCCUCCGCCCGUGAAUCGAGCACAAUUUCAAAGACUGCGUCAGAUCUGCCCCUAAGCCCACCUCUUGACAGGGGCCAACGCCCUAAGUCAUUGAUAAGCCUUUCGUCCUUUGGGGCGUCAUUUAAUAAUGAUUCCUCUCCGGCCUCUCCAUCUGGUUCGUUUGAUGAUUCUGAUGACUACAUCCCCGCCUACCUGGAGCCAGAGAGCCCGACACUGACCCUUCGUCAGGAUGACGUUCCUGUGACUAUUAUUGAUGGUAUUCCUGGUGAGUAUGACUCCACGACAACCGAGGAUGAAGAGGAAGUCAAACCUGUCACUAAGAGCGUCACUUGGGCGGUCAGCAGUGACGACGCUAAGGUGUUUACCGUAGAACUCUUGAAAAAUGGCCAUGCAGGCUUGGGACUGAGUGUCACUGGGGGAGUGGACACACCUCAUGAUGACAUCAUGGUGCGGCAAAUUCUCUCCAACAGUGUCACAGCUGACAAUGGACAUAUCAAGAAGGGAGAUAUCCUAUUGUCUGUCAACGGCAAGUCCUUCAAAGGAUUGACAAAUUUAGAAGCCUUAACUCUUCUCAAAAACACUCCUGAGCGGGUUACUCUUGUAGUAAGCCGGCCAUUAGGACACAGACAACAAUCUAAAGCGAUGACUCUUCUUCGAAACAAAAGUCCUAACAAAGAAAUUACCUCUGAUUCGGAUGCUUGGCCUACGAAGGAAGAAUUGACUAAGAAGAAAAACAUGGCCAACUCAAACAAUACUACACCGCCAACCCUAGAGAAAAUUCCAUUAGAUGUGGUGAAACAUAAUGGAGAACACUCCACCUUCGAUCGUCUAAAGAAGAGAUUCUUCUCCAAUGGUGGACCGAUAAGACUGCAAAAAGUGCCUCAUGGGCCCUCUGUGACCGAAUUAACGCUCGAAAAGGGGGCCUCUGGAUUAGGGUUCUCUUUGGGUGGGGGUCAGGAUUCGCUCUAUGGUGAUGCUCCGAUUCAUGUGAGGUAUGUGUUCAAGGAAAGCGUGGCCGGGCGGAGUGGUGCUCUGAAGCCUGGGGACGAAAUCAUCGAAGUGAAUGGACAAAAGGUUGCAUACAUGGCGAAUGUGGAUGUACUUGAGCUGAUUAGAAAAUUGCCAUACGGACCCGUAGUUAUGAAGAUAAGACGGAAAUAACACAAGGCGUGGCUGUUAUUUAUUUACACAGCUGGCCAAUCGUAGCACGAAUGCGGGAAAGAAUCAAACAAACCGCACGGUCAGAAAUUACAAGACGCGCCUAGUGCGCGAAAAGAGAAGAAACCUUGUUCACAAUUGAACUCAACAACAUUAUUUAAUUGAUUACCGAAAUUAAUCUGAAAUACCAUAAGUUUACCUCACCUCGCUUGCCUGUUUGGUCCAGAAAACUCCCGCCAACCUCUCAAACAAUCAGAUUCAAAACGAAAACCAACUUGUUUUGCUCGAGUUUUAUUCGUGCUUCAUGCUGUACAUGCCUACCACAAGGUUUAUGGCACUGUUCACCUUAAUCUGAUUGGUAGUUUUGAUAGCGUAUGAUUUGGUUCACCACACUCCAUUGAAAAGCAAUCUAUUUCAGAACCUGAUUGGCUGGGAAACGUUCUGGCUUUGAUUGAUUCCAGCAGUUCAGAUAUUUUUAACCAAUCACCAAGCUUACCUAUAUCGGGCCUAAGUGGGUGCAUAUGCACGUCGUUGCUGGUAGGUUGUUUGGGUGAAACGUUUUGCCGUGACAUUAGAGUAAGAGGUAGAAUACUGCAUCUACUGAUCUACUGCAUUUAGUACUGAAAAUCUAAUUGAUACAAAGUCAACAAUUUAUUUGUUUUACUGUAAUUUAAAUGUUGACUUUCGCUGAUUCCAAUAAAAAAUUUACCAUGUGAGAUCUUCGUAAUUUUUAUAGAUGUCUUAACUACACGAUAGGACUAAUUUCAAUUGUAUAUACUUUCUGAGAGAAGUGCCCAACCAUAUGCAAUCAGAUGGAUACAUGUCAACGUGCUUUUGAAAGAAAAGGUAGCACUUUUUACAUUAGUUCUCAAAGCAUUAGUUAUAAUUUAUUCGGACUAAAGUGUUACCUCGUUAUUUCAUUGGUCAUUUCAGUAAUAAUAUAAUCUGUGAGAGAGAAAUUUAUAUUAUGAUCAACUAAGGGUUUGUGCUGGGUACAAGCAUUUCAUCUGUGCCAAAUAUUGUACAUCUUAUCAAUGAAUAGCUGUAAAUAAAAUUAUUUAAUUUUUUA